CGUACCCCAGCCGCGCGAUGCGGGUGGUGUGUGCCCGAAAGCAGGCCGUGGCUGCGUUGAACUACUUCCUGGACGUGGAGAUUGGACGAACCAGAUGUACCAAGUCCCAACCCAACUUGGACACCUGUCCCUUUCAUGACCAGCCACACCUGAUGAGGAAAACGCUCUGCUCUUUCCAGAUAUACACUGUACCCUGGAUGGGCAAGACAUCCUUGGUGAAGUCCGGCUGCCAGGAUGCGUAGAGGACCCUGUGACAGGCUGGGUUGCUCGGGCCCCCUUCUCCCACCCCGCUCCUCCUUGUAGAACUCCUAAUCCGUGGA